UGGGUUGCCUUCAGUUGGCUCCUCGCCUCCACCACACUAACAUCUAUCUCUCCAACCAGUCGACGAUGAUUCCCAAAAAAAAUUGGAAAAAUAUAAAUCUCCAAAAAACUCUAUUUUUACCAGAACCCCCACAAAAUCAGGAGAAACUGCGAUAGCACGAGAAAUAAUUUAAAAGGCUGAUGAAGCGGAGGCUGGGUAAUAAUAGGAGAGAUCAUUAAAUUACAGGAUUCAAAGGUGUGACUGUCUGUAUGGGCUUAUCAUCAUUGUCGUAUAGAUACGCCCGAUAUUUGAACAGUUAUCAAAGAGGACGACGAGAGGGAAUAACAAGUUUCUUAUUUUUUAAUUUAGUAAUUAUUAGUGUGUGAUGAUCAGUGACUGUGACUGACUAAAUAGUGGUGGUGAGGUGACUCGUGAGCGAUCCUCCGUGGAAAUCCGUCGUAAAUAAUACUCGGAAAAAGAUGUGUAAAUUUACCCCAAGAAAAAAUAGAAAGAUAAGAAAGGGCUGACAUAAUAAUGUGGUUACGUGGCGUCGUCACAAGUUAAGCGCCGUCUGUCUGCUGACCAAUAACAAUACAAAAAUUCCUCAUUAAACUUGUAAUAAUAUGUGCGCGUCAUCCGACUCCGAGACCGCCGCCGCCACCGCCACACCUGGCGUGACAUCGACCCCCUCCUCUAAAAGACGUGUCGACGCCAAGAAAUUAACAGUUAAUGAGGGGAACGAUGUGGCAAAGUUUUAAUAAAUUGACACGAUUUGACCCUUAAAAAGUACAUAAUUAAUUACAACUUAUUGUGUUCUAAAAUUGUCAUGUCAGAAUGUGGUGGUCAUAAGAAACUCUGGGGAUAAACAAAAACACGAAUGAAGGCCACCGAAAAAGUGUUCAUUUUUCCUUUUCAGUUUUCAUUUCAUUAUUAUUUUUUUGAUUCCCUUCCUUCAAACGUAAAAAUAAACGAGGAGUCAGAGUUAUCAUCAUCAAUUGAUAUUAUUCACAUCAAUCAAGGACAAGCCCUGGUGAAAAAUGGAUUACAAAAAUAUACUGGAAGGGACACGCCCCUUUUUUCAAGGUCUUCCUCUCCCCGCUCAGUCGCAACCGGCAUCACAAGUUCCACCACACCCAUCGUCGCCCCCACUAACCCAGCCCCAUUUGCAGAACCAGACUCAUAAUAAUCACAACCGCUACUCCCCCUCCGCCUUCAGCAAGAACGUCAGCGCCGUUAAUAAUAUACAACCGCCACUCGCUAACAAUACCAUUAAUAAUAAUAAUAAUAACAAUAAGGAAGCGCCGCCACACCCUUAUUUGCAAUACAUUGGGGGUCAAGGGUCAAGGUCGUCGUCAUCCCCAUUGACCAAUAAUAGUGGUGGGUCAUCAUCCUCUAGUCUUUUACACCUCCCCAUGCACCACGCCCUCGGUGGGGCGGCUGGUCGUCUCCCCUUAGCACUCCCUCAGGACGGCGAGGCCGUGAUCCGCUCCAAAUUUGCGGAAGGUCUCGGCGCAACGUUGAUGAGUCAAAUGUACGGUGGCGGCGGAUCGUCCUCAAUUCAUCACCAUCAGCAUCACCAAAGUAGUUACUCGUCCACAAUCAGCACUGCGGCCACCUCGUCCACAUCACUCCCGACACGAGGACAAGUUCCUCCUCCUUCCGGCAAUACCACCCCGCUCCUCAUGUUAGAAAGGUUCCACUCGUCUAGCAGUAUUACCAGCAGCACGACGACGACGACGCCCCUGCCUAAUUCCUCACCCGGUUUGCUCGUCGUCAAAUCGCCACGACAAAGUCCACAGGGCAGCACCACCAGCAACAAAUUGAACAAUAGUGUCAAGAACAACGGUGUAGUGAGCAGUGGUCAAGCGACUAAUUCGAAACCUUCGCCCGACGUGAAGCAGCCUGCUCCUUCCAUGGUCGUGGGUGGGACGACGAUACGGAGAGAAUCACCGCUCGACUUAUCCGUCAAAACUGUCCGCGUGUCGGCAGAUUCCUCCACGACAGAGGCUGGGAGCAUACUGUUUAUGGGCGUUAGUAACGGAUCUGCUGGACCAUCACCAAUAAUGGGUCUCGGCUUAGGAAAAGAAGGUGCCACCGCGUUGGCAAAUUCAACCACGACACCACCAAGUGUCAACAAUUUAGAUAAUAAUGUCCACCACCAUCACCAAAUUAGUGGCAAAAGUCGAGGGAGGAGUAGAGAAAAGGAAGCAGUUCCUAGAUACCCGUCGCCACAACAGAGUCGCCAACAGUCACCGUCCUCGUCGACGUUAACCCUACCACCGCCUCUGCAUCAGAGAGUGUUUCCUAAUCAGACGCCCCCUCCGAGGACGGCAAGUGGGGGUGUGGUCCCUCCUCCUCCUGCCACGACGUCAGGGCAUCACCUCUUGUAUCCACAAGUAUCCCCGAGACUGACGACACCUCCAGUGGCGACGCCACCACAACAAACUUAUCAUCACCCUCUUUACCCGACUGCUGCUGGUGCGGGGGCUGGUGCGCCUACAACGACGCCACCGUCUCGACCUGGGAGUGUCAUUCCGCCGUAUAACCCGCAUCAUCAAGUCACCGCUGCUACGGCGUAUCAUCAACCUAGCGCAACGUAUCAUCACCAAACUUCCUCUUCUGCAGGGUAUCCUCAGUACCACCCACAUUUUCCUCAGCAGCAGCAACAGCAAGUCCAGCCACCACAACCAUCACAACAACCACCACCUGGCCAGCAGUACUAUCUCAAUUAUCAGCAACAAAUGCAGCCAACGAUACCAAGUAGUAAACCGGGAGGAAGCGGUGCUGCUGCUGCUCCUACUUCAUCAACGGCCCCACCGCCCACGGCGAGUUACGCCCCAGCACAACAGGCUCCUCCUCCCACCGCCAAACCAAGUCAUCCCCCCUCGUACCCCCCGCAGCAGCAACAACAACACGCACCCAUUUACUAUCAACAUCACCAACACCAAAUUCAACAACAUCUCCAUCAGCAACAGCAGCAACAGCAACAACAUUACUACGGAAUCCCACAGCAGGCUCAACAACAGCCACACCCUCAACAGCAGCAGCAACAACAACAACAACAGAGACAGCCACCUCCACAACAACACAUGACAUAUCCAACCUACUCUUCCGCCGUGCCACCCAGUUACACCCACUACUCGCAACACAUCUCCUACCCGACCUAUCUCCCUGCAGCGCAAAGAAAUGCGCAGCAGCAGCAGCAGCAACCACCACCAAGUAGCGGUGCAUCCCCGUACGUUCCUCCUCCUCCCACGUCUACGUCUUCUUUCCAACCACACCCUGGUCUUCGUCCCACGACGCCGACCGGUCCACCACCCCCAUUAACGACGCCUACGUAUGCUGCUCCCUAUCCGAAAGAACCUAGCGUACCGCCACCACCGCUACCACAAGCGGCACGACCUUCUGCUCCUCCCAAUCCUACGUCUACUUCCACCUCUAUGAAACCACCGGGCUCAACAGCCCCCACAACAUCGAGCAACGGGAGCGGAGGUCGUCAGCCGAAAGGGUCGCGAAAAAGUGUACUCAACAUGCUCCGGAAUUCUGUCGAGAGUCGGAUGCAUGAGAAACAAGAAAAGGAAAAGUUCCAGUUUAGUCCGCACCAAACGUGGAAUUUCCACGGGCGCAAGUUCAACACAUCACUGCCCAACUUGAGCAAUCUCCAGAACCUCCAACCCACCCAGUACACACAACUGCACGCCUAUCAGGGUCAUCCUCCCCCAAACAUGGCGACCACUGCGGGUAGUGGUGGUGGUGGUAGUACAGGAACGCAAAAUUCGUCCCCAUUCUCCUCUUCGACAGCUUCGUCGUCCUCCUCGUCUCUCACGACGCCUGCCACCUCGUCUCGAGGAGCUAAAUACGACGCUGCUGCAGGAUUGGCUAUGAUGGCGGCGGGCGUAGGUACCAUGCUGCCCGUUAAUAAUUUGACCAAUUCGAAUAUUGAAGACCCGGCCGCCGCACUGCAAAGAAUUCGCACCAAGGCCGAGAAGAAGCAAUUAUUCCCCAACUUGCUCAGCCAGAUUGAGCAAGAGAACAAUUCUGGUCGGAGUGGCGGCGGAGGAGGAGGGAGAGGACCCACCUCAGUUUUCGACUUUAAUGACGACGACGACUUUGGCGGCAGUGGUGGUAACGCGAUCAAGAUUCCAAUCCCUCCACUGCCCGGAAGUGGGUCUAAUUCUCCCACGAAAAAGGGGGCCCGUUCUCCCAAGAAGCUCUCGGAAGGAAGUGGCGGUGGGAGAAGGGCGAGCAUCAAGAAGACUGCGCCACCCAAGCUUUUCCCACCCACCCCACUCCUCGACCAGCUAGAGAAGAAGACUGAGGACGACAAGGUCAUGGCUGCAAGUAAUAAGAAACCCUUUGAUGCCGGGGAUGAAUUCUGGUCUGCGUGUGACUCUUUUCUCGACGAUUUGCAAUCCAAUCCAAACAGUAUUACGUCUCGGAGGGGCGGUAUUUGGCAGCAAAUCAAGGCGAAAAAUAGUACUAGUAAUGCGAAACCGGGGGAUUCUUCUUCCUCCACCGCCGCCGCCGCUAUCGCUACGUCCUCCGCGGAUCCUGCCUCUUCCGCCGCCGCCGGCGUGGCGGCUUCUUCUUCCCCCAUUGUGAAAAAGAUCUCUUCCACACCCAUUGGCGGGAGGGGGGCUCGCAUCCGGAAAAAUUCGAGCGAGGAAGACUCUGAUUUCCACGUGUCGGACAAGGAGGACAAGUCUGAAGAAGAGGAAGAAGACGAUGAUGACGAAGAUAGUGAUGAAGAAGAUGCCGAAUCUUCCUCCAUGUCGGAACUCAAGAAAGGAAUCUUGUCCGCGGCGAGGAAACGGAAACGUGAAGAACAAGAGCAAGAAUCCUCCGAAACGAGCAGUAUCGCUGGAGCGGAUAAACCUGAAUCUAGUAAGAGGAGAAGAAUCAUAGAUUCUGAUGAUUCUGACGAUGACGAUGGUCACAGUGACGAUGAUGAUGAGAAACUUUCCUCCAAGAAUAAGAAGAAACGAAGUCUUGCUAACUCUACUCCAACCAAAAACAAGAAGAAAGUCACUUCCGGUUCGAAAAAAGGUGGACGAGGAAAGAAAGGACACAAUUCUUCUUCCGAGGAUGACGACGACGAAUCUCGCGGACGCGGACGUGGUAAAGGUGCCGCGAAACGUCGUUCUGUCCGUAAAAAUCGUGGCACUGGUUUCCGCGAUAAAAAUGACGAUCUCGAUCUUGGCGAUGACGACGACGAUUCCGCCACGAGUGACGAUUCCGGUUCCGUGGAAAGCUACGGUUUCUCCAGUAAUUCUAAUUCUUCCGAUUCUGAGAAUAAUUCUUCCGAUGAUGACGACGACUCUGACGACUCUGAUGACGAUUCCGACACCAAGAACAAGAAGACAAGACUGAGAAAUAAGCCGUCAUCAAAAAGAAUGACUCGUCGCGGACGGUCACUCGGCUCUUCGAGUGACGAUAAUGUGACCUCCACCAGAAAAAGUGGCAAGAAAACGAAGAAGAACAAGAAAUCGUCCUCCAUCACGUCCAACAAUAAUAAACGAGGCAGGAACAACAAUCGGAAUAAUGGUGGUCGUCACCACGGCAAGAAGACGAAGAAAGGUGGCGGCAGUGGAGGUGACGAUGAUGAUGACGAUGACGAUGAGAAUUUUGAGCCGAGGGGGGUCCGAAAUAUGAAACUGGGUGGGAAAGGGGGAAGGAAGAGGAGUUUACCGAAACGGAAUUGCGCCCCUGUUCCAGGACACGGCAAGCUGAAGGACAUCUCGGGAGAAAGUGAGUUACUUUGCGGUGUGGAAGGUGAAGGCGGCUCCUCCGGCGAGGAAUGGAUCAUGCGUGGCGACCUUACUAAAAAGAAGCGUAAAAUCGUCUUCGGCGACGGUUCCGACUUCAAACGGCCAGGAUGGGAGGAAGAACUCAUCGACUUCAAGAGGAAGUUGAGAAUGCCACAGAAACUUAUUCAAGUCUCGAAACCUGCCUCGUUGACGAUGUCCUCCUCUCCGGCAGGGUCCCUGACCGGGGUCAAGACUCCGCUCCCACCUCCACCACUACCACCCGUUCUCGCGCCCAUCGUCGCGGUCGACACGACGGGAAAAACUGCUGCCAAAGAGAACAAAGUCCCAGGAAAGAAGAAUGCAACAACGCCGAGUAAGGAGGCAAGUAGUGUGACGGUGCAAAUUACUCCUGUUACUCCCGUAAAGAAGGGGAAGGGACGUCCCCCCUCCUCGAAGGAUUCCACGCCGACGAAAAAGUUAGGGCGGAAGGGGAAGCUUCCUCCUCCUCAGACGGUCUCUUCUGCGCCAUCGCCAGAAUCGGAAUCUCCACCCUUGGACGAACCAACGAUAGAGCGUGCCGUCGAGCAAAUGAAGGCCGCCACGGUGACGGCAAACGCCAAGUUGGCGCAGAAGAAUAGCAGCGCGGCGCAAAAUAAGAAGAAUAGCAGUACCAAAGAAAAGAAGAAACCUGUCUUGUCGAAGGCGACUUCACUUCCGGCCAAGAAGUCGAAAGGGAAGAAUUCCUCCUCGUUGGAUGAACUCCCCGUUCUCUCCCCACAGAUGACCAUCCUUCCGAAUGAUGAGGAGGAGACCGCUGUGACCACGCCGGUGGAGAAGGUCGUGGAAAAAGUGGCGAAAAAGGGAAUUCGGCGAAACAAAUUUAAAAGCGGGUUUGACUACAUUCGCAAAAAGAAGAAGGUUGUGACCAACGCGGACGGCUCACCGAUGGCCGCGACGCCGAAGAAAGUUAAGAUUCCGAUCGAGAAGAACGUAACGGUUGAAGAUGUUGGGAGCGAGAUUCGUGGUUGGGUGUUGAACAAGGGUCAUGGAGAGACGGCCCUUCAUCGCGCCGCACGACUGGGUUACCCCGACGUGGCGGCGUACUGUCUCGAGAACGACCUGUGCCACGCCAACUGCAAAGAUAACGCUGGAUUUACGCCACUACAUGAAACCUGUAUCAAAGGGAAUCUCGAAGUCGCCAGGGUACUUUUAAGGUACGGCGCAGAUCCCGCGCCCUCCGCCCCUGGAGGAAUUCGGCCACUCCACGAAGCCUGUGAAAACGGUCACGUGGAACUAGUCAGACUGCUCAUCUCGUACGGGGCUGACCCGACUCUAACCACAUACGCGGGUCAAUCUCCCCUCGAGCUGGCCGAGCACCACGCCCCCGUCCGCCUCCUUCUCGACCAGCAUAUCAACGACGUCAUUGGUGCGACCGAGCGACCCUGGGAAUUUCGCGGAUCCGGCCCCUGGUCCGAAGACCAGCACGAACUCGGUUACGACGCCACAGCCGACGCUCCUCCCGCCAUCGCCCCAACAGAUAUCGACGACUCGGAUGGUUUCGAAUUCGAAGCGACGGAGCAGCCAUUGCCACCAUUGUACAAAUUAAAGGAGAAGACGCCCUACUUCGUCCUCCUGAACGACGUCCUGUCCUACUUGGGCAUGGGGCGGGACAAGUUUUUAAAAUCCCACCCAUCCGCCGAGACCGUGGAACUAAAUUCUAACGACUUUCUCGAAGAAGCCCACUGCUGCCACUUGCUCGGAGAAAAGUUCAACCUCAACUCGUCCUCCGACCUACUCACCCUCAUCCAGUAUGACGACAAGGUCAAGAAAAUGCUAAACAUUGAGAGCUGCUUUAUCCGAUAAGAAGAAGGAGGAAAAAAUCUAUCUAAAAAUUUAACCCGACCAAAACCUUUACUCGUUAUCUCAGAAUUUUAUACUUUUUUCCCUCAAAAAAUAGAUGUAAAACUAACUAUACAUAUUUACCGCUCGAUGAUUAUUUAUUAUUAAUGUUGUCGUAAUUUAAUUGUUUUUGCUACAUUUUUUGUGAUAUUUAUUUCUACUUGUUGAUUUUUUGAUAUAUAUAUUUUUUGUUUUCUUGUUAAUUCGAUGUCCACUAGAUAUAUAAUUAUGAUAAGUAAAUAUCUUUAAAAAAAUUGUUGUGCAAAUUUAAAUUUAUGCGAGGCAGGAGGGGAAAUCUCUCGUUAAAUAUUGUGAUGUUGUUUAAUUUAUAAGUAUCGCAUGAAAAACUGUCUCAAUUUUCUGGGUAAGUAUGUAGUAUUUAAGAUGAGGUGAUGAUAACGGUAUAGAUUUGUAAUAAUGAUAUGUAACUUAGCCUAAGGAUUUAAUUAUUCGACCCGAUUUGGAUACUAGUUUUUAAAUAUUUAUGUAACUAGCAAGGUUUUUCGUGUAAGAAAGAAAAGAAGAAAAGCGAUGAGUCAGUAGUUUGUUGUGGAUGGGAAAAGAUGUCGAAAUAGAUUUUUAAUUAAUCAGUAGGUUAAUUAAUUAAAUAUUGAUGUACACGGGCGUCUUGGUAGACAAGAGAUUAGAUUAUUAUUUAUCAAGUUGGAAACAUGGAUGUUUUUUGUGCAAUAAAAAAUAUGAAAGAAAAGUGUA